AUUGUUUUACAUUUUAAAACUAAAUCCACUUUUAAAGUAAUUAAUUAAUUAAAAUAAGUAAAACGAAAGAGGAUGGGAGAUGCUUAUAUACGAAAACAGAAAUAGAAAGAUACAGCCUGCAUCUGUAGAUUAGCUUUAGAUUCUUGAAGGCAAUCUUUCUUUUUUCUUUUAUUUUAUUUUGUUUGUUUUACAGAAGAUUCAUGGCGGCAACGUCAGAUCGUACCCCUGAAGAGCAACGUGCUGAUCCUGAAAGUGUGAAGGAGCAGGUAACUCCACUUUCAACAAAAAAUGAGAUGUCUGUUUCUCCUAACUCCUCCCAUGAUACUGCCCCAAUAGGUCAUCCGAGGGAUAGCACUAGUCAAUCUGGUUCAACUGGAGAUCGUAAUGUCUACUCACCUACAAUAUAUGCCCCUCAGGCACAGUCUUUCUACUACAGAGCAGGGUAUGACAAUGCCGCUGGUGAAUGGGAUGAGUAUCCACCAUAUGUAAAUGCUGACGGACUAGAACUUGGAUCUAUGGGUGUCUACAAUGACAAUCCAUCGCUAGUCUUCCACCCUGGAUAUGGCUACAAUCCGCAAAUGCCAUAUGGACCAUAUUCCCCAGUCACUACACCUUUGCCUUCUGUAGGUGGUGAUGCACAGUUGUACUCUCCUCAGCAAUUCCCAUUCUCAGGGCCACCAUAUUAUCAGCAGUUAGUUCCUCCAAGUAUGCCUUAUAUUAGUUCACCUACUACAGUUUCACAACCAGAGCUAACCACCUUAGUUAGCAUUGACCAACAAGGUGAUAACAUGCUUUUUGGACCAAGGCCCAGUUAUAACACUCCAUUGGGUUCUUUCGGUAGAGGCAGUUUCCCCGGAAAUCCUGGUAACCUAGGAUUUAAUGAUUCACAGCAAGGUUUUGAUGGAUUAAGGUCUGGAGGACUUUGGUCAGAUUGGUCUAAGCCUUCUGACAGACAGAGAUCUUUGACUCCCAUAUCUCCAGCAGUAUCUCCCCAGCCAUUUGGGCCAAUUGGGCAGAAUGUUCCAAUGGCAUCUCAGCAGCAAAGGUUAUUUUAUCAGUUAGGAUCCGGUGUGACCUCCUAUAACAGAGGCUUCAUGCAAAGUGACCUCAACCAAGAUCCCCGUUUUGGAAGUGCAUCAAUUCCUAGUUUGGGUGCAAACAGUAGGGGCUGGCUAUCACUUGAUAGUAACAGACGGCGUGGAAGGGGCAGUGGUGCCCCCCUAUGUGGGUGUAACGGUGCUCUUGAUAUCCUUAGUGAGCAAAACCGAGGACCAAGGGCCUCAAAACCCAAGAAUCAAAUCACAGCUGAACAUAGUUCUUCCAUUGAUGAUAGUAAAAACAACAAAUCUUUAUCCAAGAUCCAUGAUGAGUCAUACAACAGGCCAGAUUUCUCAACUGAUUACAAGAAUGCUAAGUUCUUUAUAAUCAAGUCAUACAGUGAAGAUAAUGUUCACAAAAGUAUCAAAUAUGGUGUGUGGGCUAGCACACCUAAUGGGAACAAAAAGUUGGAUGCUGCAUAUCGUGAGGCCAAGGAGAACCAAGAUCCUUGCCCGGUCUUUCUCUUCUUUUCGGUAAAUGCUAGCGCUCAGUUCUGUGGGGUUGCUGAAAUGGUUGGACCUGUUGAUUUUGACAAGAGUGUUGAUUACUGGCAGCAAGAUAAAUGGAGCGGGCAGUUCCCUGUUAAAUGGCAUUUUAUCAAAGAUGUUCCAAACAGUCAGUUCCGUCACAUCAUACUGGAAAAUAAUGAUAAUAAGCCAGUAACUAACAGUAGAGACACUCAGGAGGUGAGACUGGAGCAAGGAAUUGAGAUGUUGAACAUCUUUAAAAGUUUUGAAACUGAUACAUCAAUCCUGGAUGAUUUUGACUUCUACGAGGACAGGCAGAAAGCAAUGCAGGAGCGUAAGGCUAGACAACAAGCUAGUCUCAUGUCUGUAGGGGUUGUAGGAGAAACUGAGCAUAGAAAUGCCGUCUCUUUAUCCAACGACUUCAUGAAGCAGAUGUCAAAGAGCUUUGCUCAAGUUGUGUGCUUGGAUGAUGGCAAUAAAGAUGGCACCGCCAUUGAGAGAACAAGUUCUGCUUCUGAUGGUUCGAAAGUUGCAAGGGUUAAACUUGAAGAUGCUAUGACGGCAGCCGUCUCUUCUGGUCAGGUGAGUAUAAUAGUGAAGAUAAUGGGCUGAUUUCAUGCUUUGUAAAGUUCCCCCAUCUUUGCAGGUAGUUUAAUAAAAAAGAAUACAACAAUUGAUGUUGUGGAA